GGACCGGGGGCCCCCAGACCGUCCGGCCGAGGCGUACGCCGUGCCUCGCCGCUGCCUCUUACCCCCCUUCAUGGUCGGAUGGCAGCAGCGGAGGGAAGGGAAAGAGGGAAGGCCGGGGUGGGGGCCCCGCAUUGCCCGGCCUCGAAAGUCGUGGCCAACAUGGGAGAUGAAGAUUGGGACACAGAAAUCCUCAAACCUCACAUACCGUCUUUUGUCCCAGUAUUUGACAAGGAUACCUUUUCUUCAGGAGCAAAUGGAGAUGCUUUUAAUAGGGCUUCAGAUUCAUCAGAAAUCAAUGAUGUUCCUACCCGAAGAGAUCAAUUCAUGAGAAGUGGAUUUCCUUCCGGACGUAGUUUGGGAAACAGAGGUACAGAUGCCAGUGAUCAGUCUUCUAAGAGAGAAAAUCUACCCACGAUGGGUGGAUUUGGACCUGGAAAGGGUUUUGGAAACAGAGGUUUUUCUAGUAACAAGUUUGAAGAAGGUGAUAGCUCUGGCUUUUGGAGAGAGUCUAAUGACUAUGAAGAUAAUCAGACAAGGAGCAGAGGAUUCGCCAGGAGAGGCGGUUAUCAAGAUGGAAAUGAUUCAGAAGCUUCAGGGUCAUCAAGAAGAGGUGGACGUGGCAGUUUCCGAGGUUGCCGUGGAGGAUUUGGUCUCACUCACAAUAGUGAAUCUGAACGCGAAGAUGGGCCUCAACGCCCUGGUGGAUUUUUUAGUUCAAGAAGAACAGGAUUAGUUGAUCCAGCAGGUAAUGGUGACAAUUUCCGAGGCAGAAGUGUUGGUGGAAGAGGUGGUUACAAAGGAUUCAAUGAAGAAGUAGUGGCAGGUUCUGGAAGAAACACUUGGAAAUCAGAAGCUGAAGGAGAAAGUGGUGACUUUCAAGGACCGAAAGUGACCUACAUACCACCGCCCCCACCUGAAAAUGAAGAAGCUAUCUUUGCACACUACCAGACUGGCAUAAACUUUGAUAAAUAUGAUACUAUUCUUGUGGAAGUAUCUGGGCAUGAUGCUCCACCAGCAAUACUGACUUUUGAAGAAGCUGAUCUCUGUCAGACACUCAAUAACAACAUUACAAAAGCUGGUUAUACUAAACUUACUCCUGUUCAAAAAUACAGUAUUCCUAUUAUAUUGGCAGGGCGAGAUCUGAUGGCUUGUGCUCAGACAGGCUCUGGGAAAACUGCAGCUUUUCUUUUGCCAAUUUUGGCUCAUAUGAUGCGGGAUGGAGUAACUGCCAGUCGUUUUAAAGAUCAGCAGGAACCAGAGUGUAUUAUUGUUGCUCCAACUAGAGAGUUGAUCAACCAGAUCUUCUUGGAAGCAAGAAAAUUUUCUUUUGGGACUUGUAUAAGACCUGUUGUAAUCUAUGGGGGAACACAAUUGGGACAUUCAAUUCGCCAAAUAAUGCAAGGCUGCAACAUUUUAUGUGCUACACCAGGAAGACUAAUGGACAUCAUAGGUAAAGAAAAGAUUGGCCUCAGGCAAGUCAGAUAUUUGGUAUUGGAUGAAGCUGACCGAAUGCUGGAUAUGGGUUUUGGCCCUGAAAUGAAGAAGCUAAUUUCCUUUCCAGGAAUGCCAUCAAAAGACCAACGUCAAACCCUGAUGUUUAGUGCUACUUUUCCAGAGGAAAUUCAGAGAUUGGCUGGAGAAUUUUUAAAAACUGACUAUUUGUUUGUUGCUGUUGGACAAGUGGGUGGAGCUUGUAGUGAUGUUCAACAGACUGUUCUGCAAGUUGGCCAGUAUUCAAAACGUGAAAAGCUUGUGGAAAUUCUACGAAACAUAGGUGAGGAAAGAACAAUGGUGUUUGUUGAAACUAAGAAAAAAGCAGAUUUUAUUGCAACUUUUCUUUGUCAGGAAAAAAUAUCAACAACAAGUAUUCAUGGUGAUCGGGAACAAAGGGAGAGAGAGCAAGCUCUUGGGGAUUUUCGAUGUGGAAAGUGUCCAGUUCUUGUUGCUACUUCAGUAGCUGCCAGAGGCCUAGAUAUUGAAAAUGUUCAGCAUGUCAUUAAUUUUGACCUUCCUUCCACUAUUGAUGAAUAUGUUCACCGAAUUGGACGUACUGGUCGCUGUGGCAACAUUGGCAAAGCUAUUUCUUUCUUUGAUCCAGAACCAGAUAGCCACCUAGCACAACCAUUAGUAAAAGUGCUGUCAGAUGCUCAACAGGAUGUUCCUGCAUGGUUAGAAGAAAUUGCUUUCAGUACAUAUGUCCCUGGCUUCAGUGGUGGUACUUCAAGGGGAAAUGUGUUUGCCUCAGUUGAUACUCGAAAGAGUUACCAAGGCAAGAGCAGCAUGAACAUUGUAGGGUUUUCUUCUGCACAAGCUCCAAAUCCAGUAGAUGAUGAGUCAUGGGAUUAAAGCCAGAAUUAUUCAAGUUCCAGAUAUAGUUUUGAUGCAGUGAAGAUGGUUUUGAGUUUUGAGUUUUAAAGAAAGUAUCACACUGUUGGUAACUCCCUGUCCAUCCUGUAAUCUUCCCUCCUUUUAAAAAAUAAAAUUCUUUACUGGCUAGUUAUGUGAAAUGCUAAAUGUUGAAAUGUUGUAGUUACUAAUACAAAUGGUGUUUACUGGAAAGAUUUAAGCAUUCUAAAUGUCAUGUUUGCCUCUAUUUUAUUAUUUAGGAGUUCGACAUGUUUCAUAUCUAUAUUAAGUCUUAAAAUAUUAAUAGUGCUUUUUGAGCCUAUAAAAUAAGCAAGAAGAUGUGAAACAUUUUUGAUUUAAAAAUUAUUGGGUCCUUUUUAUUUUUCCUUAAAAGAAACCUUUAAAAGCAAUAGUGUAAGAUUCAGUGAUUUUGAUUUAGAUGAUUAAAUAUACGGUGAAGUUUGUUAAAUACUUGAAAUGUGAUCUCUGUACCCAAUGACAUGACAAAUGCUAUUACUUUUUGUAGUCUCUCUGCUUUCCUUGUAAACGUACUGAAUAAAAGUCCAAACACAGGUUCUUAGA